AUGCCUUCGUUAAGGGAAUUCGUUGGUCAGAAUGUUCACCGGCUACAGCGUAAACUCGUUCAUGAAUCAUCGUUACUUUCGCUUAAAAGUCGGAAACGAUCGCAGAGUGAAAAAGAAGAGUUAAUUCUACCGGAUACGUUCUGGUCAGUUGUAUUUGACUACACGUCACCGUUCGACUUGAUCAGUUGGCGACGUGUUAGUAAGCAAUUCAAACGUUUGGUCGAUGAACGUCUCGAGAAUGUUCUAUAUUUGGAUGUUUACAGAAUGGAUAUCAGUGCUGUUCUGGCACAUCCACAAGACACUCAUGGUAUAUUCUAUCGUCAUCGAGCAGCACAGCUGCUCAUGCAGCUCGACUCACAUAACGUGACGAUAAUUGUGAAUGAGAAGUGGUCGUCAAGAGAUGUGACACGAUUAUUUGUUGCCAUUCAGCUGUUCGCAAAAUCUGCACAAACCGUUCUGAUGGAUGUCUCAAUAGCUGAACUAGUGAUUGCUGGACUGUCCAGUAUGGACUUAUCUCGUUGGUUCGCAUUUCAGUGCUAUUUGAGAACACUGGACGGCGGUGAUACAGAAGAUUCGGUUCAUGUGCAAUGCAUUAAGCAAGAUCAUCUCAACAGCUUCUUUCCUCGAUUAAAAGAGUUUUCGCUACGAGUUACGGAAAAGGACUUUCCGGCGCUAUCGCGAAUGCGCGAUUAUGCAGUUGAUGUGGAAACGAUAUUCUCACUGCGGGAUGUCCACCUGUUUCGGGUCAUACUGUUGUCAGGCAAACAUCUCGCAUCGGCAACGUGCGAUCCGCAAAUCUCCAAACAACGAACGUCUCGUCAUUUGCGUGCAUUCAAGAAGUGGAUUGGAUCAUCGGAACUCGGCGAACGAUACUCUCAGCAGUACUCCUGA